GUCUUCCCAUUUUCUGUAACGACAGCUUGCUCUAUCCAUUAACUCACAACUGCACAACUGACAACUCUCUCAUCCUCUAAUGGCGACCGUACUAGAAUCGCUCCUUUUUCCUGUCCAACUCUCCUUUGCAACUCGCUCUGGUGUUCCUCCCUCUACUGCUACAACUACAAAUACUACUACACUUCCGCGUUGGCUCAGAAACUUGUCGUCUCACAAAGACCAAUCCAGGAUGACUAUAGGUUUUGCAGUUCCGAGGAGGAAUGCAAUGGCCUUGAUCUUGUCAACUUUUAUCUUCUCAAAAGUUGGUUUCCAAGAUAUUGCAUCCGCUCAGACAUCUGUUGGGUUCAGGGAAUAUGUUGAUACAUUUGAUGGUUAUUCAUUCAAGUACCCCCAGAACUGGAUUCAAGUUAGAGGUGCUGGAGCAGACAUAUUCUUCAGGGACCCUUCUGUUCUAGAUGAAAAUCUGUCAGUGGAGAUGUCAUCUCCGUCAUCAUCGCGGUACCAGAGCGUUGAAGACUUGGGUCCACCCCAAGAAGCUGGAAAGAAAGUACUCAAGCAAUAUUUGACAGAAUUCAUGUCCACCAGGCUUGGUGUUAGGCGUGAAUCAAACAUUCUCUCUACAUCAUCAAGAGUCGCUGAUGAUGGGAAGAUUUAUUAUCAAGUUGAGGUAAACAUAAAAUCAUAUGCAGACGACAAUGAGCUGGCCGUAAUGCCACAAGACCGAGUAACUCGUCUGGAAUGGAAUCGACGUUACCUUUCAGUUUUAGGAGUCGAAAACAACAGAUUGUAUGAACUGAGAUUACAGACACCAGAGAAUGUUUUGGUGGAAGAGGAAAGUGAUCUUCGCCAAGUUAUGGAUUCCUUCAGAGUAAAUAAGGUGGUGGCUGGUUGAUGAGCUUUGAUAUGAUGAGGUUUUACUAUUGCUUUGCUAGUUUAAUUUUGAAUUUUGGGCCUUCCAUGGCAUGUUUCAAUUUCUUUAUUCAUCCACUGUGAGUUGUAGAAUGAUUUUCUUCUCAUAGGUGUCGUUAUGCUCUUCAAUCGUC